UAACGUACAGGAUAGCAUUUAACACAGUCAGUAUUAAUUCUGCCUACUGCUAGGUGUUGUUUUAGCUCUAUAUUAAUAGUUAAAUUAAAUGAGAUGAGGUUUGCAUACAGUAUUGCAUCAUGCCGUGACGGGGCUGGUAUGGGACAGCCAGAUGGAAACUGAAGCGGUCCUGGCCAUAAUUGGAGAUGUGAAGGUCCUGACAUUCUAGCUGCUAGCCGAGCGCAGUGUUAGCUAUGAGCCAGGGAUAGCUGGUGGCUAAUGUACCGAGCAGAUUCUGGAGGAUUACCGAGAACUACGCCACACUUUAUGCCAGCGUCGCUUUUCUGCUUCUUUCUUCCUCUGUGUGUCAUGGCUGUCCUACUCAGACGUGGGUUCGUCAUUGCCCGACACCAUGCCUUUGAACAAGGCAGCAGCUCAGUCUGCCACCGUGCGCUGCCUGCUGUUCUUCUAGCACAGUCCUUGGCUGUAGCCCUGCUGAAGGGCGUUUGGUUCUAGUAGUGGGUGGAAGUGCCUUUCUACAGCAGCCAUGUCGGGCUUCAAUCUGCUACACCUAAUAACCAAGAGUCAACCUGUUGCUCUGAAAUCCUGCAGUCUUCCCUCAGGAGCACGUAGGACUAAGAAGACAUGGCCAGUAAGCUUUUCUCAGGAGGACCUGAGGAAACGCCUUACACCGAUGCAGUACCACAUCACCCAGGAGAGAGGAACUGAGAGUGCCUUUACUGGAGAGUUUGCACAUCAUAAAGAUGAGGGUACCUAUACGUGUGUUGUCUGCGGGGCCUUCCUGUUCAGCUCAAACUCUAAAUUUGAUUCAGGAUCAGGUUGGCCGUCCUUCUUUGAUAUUAUAAAGGAGGAGUCCAUCACUCUGACAGAUGAUUUCUCCUAUGGCAUGCACCGGGUAGAGACUACCUGCAGCCAGUGUGGAGCUCAUCUGGGACACCUGUUUGAUGAUGGUCCAAGACCCACGGGAAAACGCUACUGCAUUAACUCUGCUUCCUUGGCUUUCCAGCCCAAAGACACAGCCGCCUCCACCUCCAGCUCCAUAGCCAGCCUUGGAGCUGCUCAUAGCUCAGAGAGUGGCGGAAAGACUGAGCUCUGAAACAAAGAUACAGAAAUGACAAUGCAGUGACAGCUGUAUAGGGAGAGUCCAACAAUCUGCAUGAAUAAAAUAGUUAGGUGUUUUGCAUUAAUAAUCUACUUUGUGAAGAGAUAAGUGAUAAUAUUUUGAAAGGAACGAAUACACUCAGGCUUCAGUUACUAACCAACAACUCUCUAAUGUAGUCUGAUUCAUUUUUGAUCCUCUUUUACACAGUGCCUACAAAUAAUGUUAGUAUGCUUGCAUACAACCACCAGAAAGAUUUAUAAGCCAUUUAUGGAACAUGAAGUACACCCUUGGCGUAAGAAACUAGUAUUGCACCCUUUAGUAUAACUUUCUCCAUCCAUCCAUCAUCUUUACACCACUUCAUCCUCACCAGGGCCAUGGGGGGCUGGAGUCUAUCCCAGCUGACUCCAGGAGACACCUGGACAGGUCACCAGUCUAUCACAGGACUAUAUAUGGAGAUAUAAACAAUCACACUCACAUUCACACCUACAGACUAUUUAGAAUCACCAAUUAACCUCAGUAUGUUUUUGGACUGUGGAGGAAGCUGGAGAAUCUGGAGAAAACCCAACCAUGCAACCUCCAUGCAGAGAGAUCCCAGGAAGACUGGGAGGUGAACCGAGGAUCUUCUAGCUGCAAGGCAACGGCGCUAACCACAAGCCACUGUGCAGUCUAAUUGUGCAGUAUUACCUAACCUUAAUUCUUCACCCUAAGUCAGCUGGGAUAGACUCCAGCCCCUCUGCAACCCCAAUGAGGAUAAAGUGGUGCAUGGAUAAUAGAUGGAUGUUGAGCAUGUUAACAUUUGUACAGACUUGGGAAAAGUAUGGCACUUUUCAUGUGAACAGGCUCAUAGGCACGUUCAGAAACCCUGGAUUGACUUACCGACUUUAUAACCAGCUUUAUGUGAAUGCUUAGGUUCCAUAUAGUGAAGUCAGAAAUCCUGCUGAAUGCUGAACUCUCUUUAUCGUACAGGCUCAAGUGUUAAUGACAACCAUCCAUGAGACCAUCAUGAAAUAUGAUUUUCACUUCUUUACUUGUGGUUUUCUCUUGCUCCUGGGCUGUGAUGAGGGAUCAAAGCUACAUGUUUAUGAAGAUGUGUCAUGGUUUGGUCUAAAAUACUACCCAUUCAUAUAUGAUUUUUAUUUUCUGGGUUACCAAAUUGACAAGUCCCAUCCCAUCUUGUACCCAAUUGGCUGGCUGAAAAGAGCCCACUGUAAAAUAAUACAAUAAAUGAAAGUGAAUGUUGAUUUGAAUUGUACUUGGGAUGCAUUAGAAACCAGUGUAAUAAGGCAGAUCUAGCACAUUUCCCUGAAAACACAACAGAGAAUGCAGUAGGAACAUCAUUUUAGAGAGAAUGGGAUGAUGGUGAAUGGACAUGCAUACACCAUGGAGAGCUUUGUUAUUGUAUCUUUUGGAAGAUUUUAGUAGAAUAUGGUUUUGAAGUGAUAUUUGAUACUAAGAUGUUGAUUUAAUAUUACCUAUGCAAGUGGCCUUUCAGCAGUGAUAAAACCUACUGUGACAGAUUACAUGAUAUUGUGGACAUAUAUUUGCCCCUUCCUUUUGAGUUUUGUUCACAGCUUGGAUUAUACUAGCCAAUGAGUAAAUAAAAAUAUAUAGAAACACUUUGAA